AUGAUCUCUCCUCCAUCGCCAAUCGAAUCAUUCGAACUGCUUUAUUCGCCUGACUCGCCCACGAUAUCUUUCGGAUUUAUCACAAAUUCGAUACCCCCUGUACCAGAUCCCAGAGCUUCGACGUUCACAAAUACGGCACGUGAACCUUCAUCGUACGCUGGAUCAGGUCAUAAAAGGUCUUUCUCUGAUAACGCUAAUAUCCUUAGACCUCGACCAUCCUCCUUCAACUCCUCAUCAGGUGCUCAGCCCUCCUCAGACAUGCCAAUUCCCAAUAACAAUCCUCAGACUCCACUUCAACACAGCUUCAAUCGACCUUCAUCACCACUCGGCUCAAGUCAAUUCCCCGUGGGAGGGCCACACGCCCACGGUCAAGGUUCAAAUAGGUAUCAAUCUAUGAUUGGUGUAUUCGGUGGAUCAGAUGCAUUUUCAGCUUCUUCUACACCUUCUCAGACCCAUUUCCCCCACCAUCAUCAUUCUACUGGUCCCACGCCACAUUCUCCUUCUUAUGAUCAAGCUGGACCAUCCACCCUUCGACGUUACGCUUCUCAGGUAAAUCGUUCUCACAUCAAUCAUCGAACGAGACCGCCUUCAGGUGGACAUGAAAGGCACCUUCGUUGCUCUCCUGAUUGUACAGCUGCAGACGCCCCUUAUCAUCUUUUAUCCAGUGUCAUCGGCAAAGCAAGUGUUCACGAUCUUCACAGGAAAGUGUUAAGACCCAUGAAACGAAAAGCAUCAAAUGAUGAAGAUGUCGAGAUGGAGGAAGAGCCAUCUACCGCCAGACCGAAUAUCCAAACGCGUCGUAGUCUGAUAGCGACUUCUCCCUUACUUGAACCUCCGACACCGUCAUUUGCAUUUCCAUUCCCAAGACCUCUCCUUGCAUUCGAUCGAAAAUCCUUCCAGAACACACCCCCUUUACCACCCGUGGAUCGUUUUAAGGAUCCACCGUUAGCAGGAGACUUCUUCGCCGGUGCCGGUCAUGACAACUCCUUACUUCUUUCCGCCGCCACUUCCAACGCCAUCUUUCCUCACGGUAGCGAACCUUCGAUGGGGCUUGACCUACCACGUUCAUCUUCUGCCCCUUCAGUGCCUCUACUCGCACAAAGAGAUAGAGGUUUUAGUGACGUCUCUGCUCACUCAAGCUUAUCGGCAGAUGCUUUUGGUACUGCCCAGGGAUCGCCGCAAUUCCCGAUGGACGAGGAAUUACAUCCGCACCAGGUAAAUCCAGCAUACUUGUCAUCGCCUCAGGCCAUACCAGUCAGCAGUAACCAGGUUUAUGGACAUGGUCUACCUGCCAGAUCAAGCAGAUUCUCAGCUUUUGCAAAUGCCAGGAAACUCGACGCUGGAGAUAGAUUACAAUCGAUAGUUGGUGAUCCGACAGAAUUGACUUCGUAUCUAGGUGAAGAUCUAGCUACGGCAUUGAAACAACGCUUGCAGCCUGAACAGAGUGAGAUGGUCAAAGAAAUCAAGAGGAAAGAAGAAGUUUUAUCGGAAGCAGAGUGGAGCUUCGAUGUUCCUCUAUCCAAAGUGAUAGGGGAAUCUGUACGAGGCUGGGUACAGGGUAUACCGGACAAAGAACAUUUCGAGAUAGCAGAAUAUGGAUGCCAUAAGGAAACUCCAAAUGCUGUUCUAGCUGAUACUGUAAAAUCUUUUUGUCAACGAGCUGUAGGACCUGGUAAACCCAAGAAGAUUCUCACCGUCACACACCAGUGCAACGUUGAUUUCGAUAUUCGGUUAUUACAAGCCAAUCUUACCUCAAGCCACCAGUCUUAUCGCAAAAUGAAAGCCAUACCCGCACCAUUGAUCCUGACUUCAUUCAGUUUUGCUGGAUUCGCGGAAUCUUCCCUUCCACCUAAUUCAAUCGACUUGGCCCUAUGUUCCAACGAACUAUCGAAAUUGCACGGUACAAUCCCCCCGAGGCCUUUGUACAUGUUCACCUCGCAAGCUGAAGAAAGGGAGCAAAGAGCCGAAAAAGAUUUAAGCAGUUGGCUAAAAGUCCGAGCAAAGGAAGUGAAACCAGGUGGGAUCUUAGCUUGCUCCUUCGCAGUCAGAACUUGUCCAAUUCCAGAUCACAAACAUCAUAAUCUUGGGCAACAACAACAAUACAUCGAAUCAGUACUUCCACCAAAAGGAUCACCUGUGUAUUAUUCAAUGUCUUUACCUACUUCGCCAAGAACAUCACUAGAUGAUUCCAUGAGUAAAGUCAACACUACUCCAAUGACUGAGAUCAACAAUAGUCCGUUCGUACCUGGACAUCCAUUGCCUUCACCUCCAAUGACGAACGGUGCAACAAGAAGAUACAGGCCUGAUAUCUGGCAAGCGAUGUCGCAUGCUUUAUCACCUGCCAUCCAAAGAUUAGUCUCCUUAGGUGAAAUCAAGACUCAAGUAGCACCUCUAUUGGUCGAUGUCCCAUAUUGGCCUAGGACACUAGAAUCAAUACAAUCCACUUUAUCCAAGAAUUCUUCAGAAUGGGAACCAUUAAUCAACGCUGAAACAGGAAUUUCGGAUUCUGAAGAUAUGAAAAGAUCUUUUUCUGGUGAAAGCGUAUUGAACGAGCACAAUCAGGAAGCAUAUUCACAUGAAGAAAAGAAAGAAUGGAAUCAAGCUGGAAUUCAGAUUUCAAGAUUAACUCAUCCUGCUUGGAUCGAAUUUAGGAAAGGUAGAAUCGACAGAUCAGCUUAUGCCAGAAGAAUAGCCACGUAUUGUCGAUCAGUCUACGAAGGACAUUUGAAAAAGGUCCUAAGGGAAAAAGGUCGAAUGGACAUCAGUCAAUGUGAAACUACAGUACAAGAGAUAUUUAAAGUUUUAGUUGAAAAAUGUGAACUUGGCGUAUUGGACGGUUUAGAGAUAGAUAUGGGGAUUGUUGUGUUACGACGAAAAUGA